AAGUCUUACCUCAUUAUAUUGUUUAUCGAAUUCGUCUCUCUCUCUCUUUUUCUCUCAAAUCAAAAGACUACUUCACGUCUUCACCCGAAAGAUUAAAGCUUUUUCAUGGCUGUUCGUCUAGUGACCUUCUGGCUUUUAUUAGUCAUAGCCGUCAUCGCCUUGGCCUCGCCGUUGCCGGUUUCUUCAAGAAAGCUCUUGGACAUGAAGAAACAAGAGAGCUUGACGGUGAGAAAAGAAGAGAAGAGUCACGUGCCUCACGUGACCAAAACCACUACCCUAACUGCUCUGCCAAAGGGCAAAAUCCCAAACUCAACGCCGAGCAAAAAGGGUCACGCCGCCAUCUCCGCCGUAAAGCUCCGAUCUCGACGUCUCUCCACCGUUGAUCGGCUUCUUCAAUCCGUUCCCAGUCCCGGCGUUGGCCAUUGAUAGUCUCCGUUUGUUUCGUAUUUCAUUUUAGGUCUUUUUCUUUUUUUGUUUUGUCAAUUUAUUACAUUCUUUUUCCUGACUAUAAUACGAAAUUUCCGACGAGGAGGUAGAGACCUUUGUUUUGGGAUUUACAAUUUUUUUUAUUUUAUUUAAACAAUAUAUACAUUUUUAGGCUACUAAAAUUUUCCUUGUGUAAAUUAGUCGAAAUUAGUUUAGUGUUUUGACUGUUUUCCAUAUGACACGAUCUUGUAAUUAAUUAAUAAAUGUUAUGUAAUUUUUCUUCAUUUUGCUACGGUUGUCUCCUUAUUGACCGAGAUUAAUAAUCGAUCGAUUCUUAUUAA